UGAAUGAGAAUGGCCAAAAAUGGAGUCAAACGGCGGCUCAAUUCACGCGAUAAUAUUUGAAUAAUUUGUUUGGUCAAUAAUAAUUGAGUAAAUUAAUAUGCUGUCUUCUUUCAAAAUGGAGAAUUGCUUUUCCUGUCAAAUCACCGGGCCCACUUGAUCAUUCAAUGCAAAGUAUUAUGUGUAUUUGUCCAUUUUGCCCUCACAUGCCUCCCAUUUUUGCAAUGUGCUACUCAAUUGAAGGGCAAAAAUGAGAAAAAGCCCCUAAGAUGUGUACGUGAAAAGUCUGAGAAGAGCCGGCACUUUAAAUUUUUCAAAUGGUUAAAGACAAGGCAUCGGUCCCAGAAAUUGAUUUUUAUCUGCUUUAAAGCGGGACCAAACGUGUUAAUUGCAGUUGACGAAAAGUAAACAAUUAGCUGUCAACCAAGAAAAAAUGAGAAAUAUGGCCAAAGAAUAGACGUUCACUUCUUGAUAUAUAAGUACAGAAUUUACCUCUGAAAUUCGCAUGCUGCUGGUCCAUAUUUGCAACAACUUACCGACAGAGAUGAAACUCGCGAAGGUGGCGCCAAGGCGGCAACUAGAUUUGCUGCUAGGCUUAUGCUUUUUUUUGACCAUAUCUCUGGUAGAGAUGCCUCGGGCUCAAGCUCAAACCCGAAGAAAUGCCACCACUGAUCCUUCUGAAGCGAGAGCUAUAAACUCCAUGUUCGAGCGAUGGGGCAUUACGGCAAAUGAUCAAUGGAAUAUUAGCGGUGAAUUAUGCAGCGGCGAUGCAAUUGAUGACGGCGUCCACAUCCAGAACUUCAAUCCGGGGAUCAAAUGUGACUUCUCUGACAAUAAUGCCACCACUUACCACAUUACUGCUCUGAGAGUAAAUGCAUGGAAUGUUGUGAGUUCACUACCGGACGAACUCUGGAAUUUAAGCUUCCUCACCGACGUAAAUUUGGCCAAAAAUUAUUUGACAGGUCCCCUGCCUUCAUCCAUAGGCGACCUCACUCGUAUGCAAUAUCUGAGUUUUGGACAUAAUGCUUUAUCCGGGGAGCUUCCGAAGGAACUUGGCAAGCUGACUGACUUAAGACUUCUGGCUAUAGGCACAAACAACUUUUCUGGUCCUUUACCAUCUGAGCUUGGACAGCUUACAAAAUUAGAACAAUUUUACUUUGAUAGCUCUGGAGUUAGUGGUCCGAUACCUUCUACAUUUGCUGAUCUGCAGAACUUGAACAUUGUGUUUGCUUCAGACAAUGGACUCACUGGCCUGAUUCCAAACUUCAUUGGGGGAUGGUCGAAGCUUACUUCCCUAAGGCUUGAAGGAAACUCGUUUGAGGGUCCAAUACCAUCAACAUUUGCUGACUUAACUUCUUUGGAAACCUUGUGGAUAUGUGAUCUGUCUAAUGGAAGCUCUCCACUGGGCUUUCUCAGAGAUAUGAAGUCUCUGCGCACACUAAUUUUGCGGAAUAAUAACAUUUCUGGGUCCCUACCUUCGAAUUUUGAAGAAUACGAGAGUUUGUCACUAUUGGACUUGAGCUUCAACAAUUUCAGUGGAAGGAUUCCAGACUCACUGUUCAAUCUGAAAUCACUCACUCACUUAUUUCUUGGAAAUAACAGGUUGACUGGUGUCCUGCCAGCCCAAAAGAAUUCACUUCUCCAGAUUAUAGAUUUGUCAUACAACGAAUUAUCCGGGAACCUCCCUUCUUGGGUGAGCCAGCAAAAUAUGCAACUUAAUUUGGUCGCCAACAACUUCGUCUUGCAAGGUUCUGACAGCAGUGCUAUGCCUCCAGGAUUGAAUUGUCUUCAAAGAAAUUUCUCUUGCUAUCGAGGAGACCCCCUGUAUUCCAGUUUUGCAAUUAAAUGUGGCGGUCCACAAAUGAGAUCUGCUACAGGGAUUGUGCACGAGGCAGACAAUGAGAUUCUUGGUCCGGCAACAUAUUAUGUGACCAGGGAACGCAGAUGGGCAGUUAGUAAUGUUGGUCUGCCUUCUGGAAGCAACAAUCCACAAUAUACAACGAACUUGGUUACUUUUUUCCCAAAUAUAAGGGACCCGGAGCUGUUCCAGAGUGCACGGAUUUCUGCUGGAUCACUUAGAUACUAUGGCUUGGGCCUGGAGAAUGGUAAUUACAAUGUGACCCUCCAGUUUGGAGAGACAGAAAUUCAAAAUUCUCCAUCCUGGAAGAGUAUUGGAAGGCGCAUUUUCAACAUAUAUAUUCAGGAUAAUCUAGUAUGGAAAGAUUUCGACAUAAGAAAAGAGGCUGGCGGGGUCUCUUUUAGAGCUGUGGUGAAGGAAUUUAAAGCCCAGGUGACGGAAAAUUACCUUGAGAUCCAUCUCUUUUGGGCUGGAAAGGGGACAUGCUGCGUACCUGCUCAAGGUGUAUAUGGUCCCUCUAUUUCUGCAAUAAGUGUCAUCCCAGAUUUCAUUCCCACUGUAAGUAACAAUCCUCCAAAUGAUCUCACGAGUAGAAAGAAGGGCAGAACUGGUCUGAUUGUGGGAAUUGUUGUCGCUGUUGGAGCUGUAAGCUCUCUUUCGUUAUUCACCAUGUAUUAUUUGGCUCGUAGAAGAAAAAGGCAGAAGAGAUAUGAAGAUGAAGAGUUCUUGGGAAUGGAUGCCAGACCAUACACUUUUACUUAUGUGGAACUACGAGUGGCAACAGAUGACUUCAGUUCGUCAAAUAAACUAGGCGAGGGAGGAUUUGGGCCUGUUUACAAGGGAACACUCGAGGAUGGAAGAAUGGUUGCUGUUAAGCAACUGUCUGUAGCAUCCCAUCAAGGAAAGAGCCAAUUUGUGGCAGAAAUUGCCACUAUAUCUGCCGUUCAACAUCGGAACCUUGUAAAAUUGUAUGGAUGCUGCAUUGAGGGUGAUAAACGGUUGCUUGUUUAUGAGUAUCUCGAAAACAGGAGUCUUGAUCAAGCAUUAUUUGGAGGAAACGGAAACUUAUGCUUGGAUUGGCCAACACGUUUUGACAUAUGCUUGGGGGUAGCAAGAGGUCUAGCUUAUCUUCAUGAGGAGUCUCGACUUCGAAUUGUACAUAGAGAUGUAAAGGCAAGCAAUAUUCUGCUCGAUUCUGAACUCAAUCCAAAAAUUUCGGACUUUGGCUUAGCCAAGUUGUAUGAUGACAAAAAGACUCAUAUAAGCACCCGUGUUGCAGGCACAAUUGGGUAUCUUGCGCCGGAAUAUGCCAUGCGUGGUCACCUUACGGAGAAGGCUGAUGUGUUUGGAUUUGGAGUCGUAGCCCUAGAGAUCGUCAGUGGAAGAGCAAAUUCUGACUCACGUUUGGAAGAAGAUCGGAUAUAUCUUCUUGAAUGGGCCUGGCACCUGCAUGAAAGUAACCGGGGAAUGGAAUUGGUGGACACAAAUUUAUCUGCAUUCGACGAGGAUGAGGUGAAAAGAGUGAUAGGUGUUGCACUUUUAUGCUAUCAAACAUCCCCAACUCGAAGGCCUUCCAUGUCUCGUGUGGUGGCUAUGCUUUGUGGAGAUGCCGAGGUCCCCACUGUCACUUCAAGGCCGGUAUACCUGACUGACUGGAAUUUAAGCGAUAUUACAACAUUUACAACUGACAAUGCCUUAACUGCAGAAGCUGGUUAUUAUAACUCAUCAACGAGUACGGGUAACACUACAGAUCUAUAUACUUCUCCAGUUAGUGCUGACAAACCCAUGCUUAACUAUGGUUUUGAAUAGCAUAGAUGAUUUUUUAUUGUUUACAAGAAUCUUUAUUUGUUUGGUUAAGGGGUUUGUUAGUCGCAAUCAAUCUCGAGUUUGUUAUGGUUAUGGUUGUAGGAAAAAAUAAUUAGUUGCAGUAAUGUUCAGAACUAUAAAAUGCAGAAAUAUAAAAUUUAUCGUCCGAUCGAGUCUCGUGAUAGCACGAUGUCCUAAAGUGAAAUUGCCCGUCGAUAAUUGCAGCGACCUCUGUGGAUAAUCACUCCCAGGAUACAACGAUCGUAGACCACUUGUGCAACAAUCACGAAUGGUUUUUCCAGAAUUCUCAAUUGUACUUUAGAAUAUAUGUAAAAAUCCGAGUAUAAGAAAUUCAGAAUAUGAAAACGAAGGAUUGAUACAA